AGAAAUGGCUUAGGUCCUCCAAAACAUGAGCAGCCUGGGACUCAAGACAGAUAUGGAAGCAAAUCAUCCAUUAAUAGGAACUGGACAAUUCCUCAGUUAGAGAAGUUUAUUAUUGAAAGCUACCCAAACGUUCCUUUACACUUAACAGGAUUUAGUUUUGCCAAAGCCGAGAAAGGGAGACGUUUGCAUUGCUUGCAAACUGAAACUGCUGCUCAAUUACAGGAAAAAAUUGGGAAAGGCAAAAUAUUCAUAAUUCCUCACCGUGACAUACCACUACCGAUUCAGAUGGAGGAGAUACACACGGCACAACAAGAAUCAGAAUUUAGAGCAGAAAUUCCAGGUCAAGUGCAUGCAGAAAUAAGUUAUCAGGCAACAUUGUCACAGGAGCCACAGGUAGAUAGGCUGGAAAACACAAGAGAACCUCAACCAGAAGUAAAUACCCAGAUUUUGAUUGGUGAUAUUGAGAACUUUCUUGGAAGUGCAGAAUAUGAAAAUAGCACAUCAGAGUUGAGAUUAUCCAGACUGCAUGAAGAGGCAAAUGUACCAAGUCCUCCAGAAUCUCCUUUUGCUUAUAUAAAUGCUGAUACUCCCACGGUUCAGAUUAAAGUAUCUCAGUUGGAUGAAAAACGAUUCCAUCUUGACAGAAGUUUUUCAGAGCUUGAAGGAUUAAUAGAGGAAGAAAUCAUUAUCGAAAUAAACAGGGAAACAAUAUUGAAUGAUAUGCAGCGAAUUUAUGGAACAACAGAACUCCUCAACAAAAAGCUUAAAGUAUGUUUUAUUGGAGAAGAAGGGCAUGAUUUUGGCGGAUUAACUAAAGAUCUUUUUUCUUGUUUUUGGAACUGUGCCUUCACUGAGUGGUUUAAGGGUGAGGAUGCACUUGUACCUUGUAUACCUCUCUAUCAUUAUCAUAAAGCACAAGAAAUCUUUACAGUUGUGGGAAGAGUAUUGUCUCAUAUGUGUCAGCUAAAUAGAUGUAUACCUCCAAGAUUCUGUAGGUCAACAUUGCUUUCUAUUGUAUUUAAUACCUCCACCAUUCACAAUAACAUUCUUAUAGAUGACUUUCUGCUUCAUGUAACUGCUUCAGAAAGAAUCCUCCUAAAAAAAGCAAUUAACCACUUUGAAACAUUAAGAGACUUUGAAAACAAGAGCUCUUAA